CAAAUUUCUCACAAAGCCUCAAACGUCAAAGCACAGAAUUACCAACCCUCCAAGAAUAUAAUUUGAUUACUUUCGUCCUACCUUCCGACUUCUUCCAUUAUUUUCUGCCUCUGAAAGCAAGACAUAGAGAAGCGAUGGGGAACUGCUGCUGCACAGCUGCUGUGCCGGCGGCGGGGAGUGUGGGAGGACGGCGGCGGCGGCGGGGAGAGUCUUCGUCUCAUCGUCACAGAGGGAUCAAGACGGUGGACGUGGAGGAGUAUCACUGCGAAUUCUCUUCAGGGGAUCAGAAGUCCGACCUUUGCAUUUGCGUUGUCACGUGGAACAUGAACGGCCAGGUUUGUUAUGAAGAUUUGGCGGAGCUGGUGGGGAGCCAUAAUGCUAAGGAGAGGAAGUAUGAGCUGUUGGUGGUUGGUCUCCAGGAAGCUCCUCGCAGAAACAUUGCCCGUUUGUUGCAGGCUGCUCUCGCCAACACUCACAUGUUGCUGGGGAAGGCCAUUAUGCAAUCGCUUCAGCUCUAUGUUUUUGGUCCUUGUCGCAGCUCAGAGUUACUUCUCACAGAAGUGGAGGUUGACAAACGUUCAGUGGGAGGUUGCGGCGGAAUGGCCAGAAGGAAGAAAGGAGCCGUGGCAAUCCGCAUCAACUACAAAGGGAUUUCAAUGGAAAGGAAUUGGGAGAGCAAGGACAUAACGCACAGCCUCUUCUCCAAGAACUCCAACCCUUACUCCAGGCCAGCCCACCUCACAGUCUGGCUGGGAGAUCUCAACUACAGGAUCCAAGGAAUCGACAACUUCCCCGUCAGGAAACUCAUCCACAACGACCUCCAAUCCGUGCGAGUGCCGUCGUGGACGGAUCGUAUUUUGUUCAAGAUAGAAGAAAGGGAUGAGAAGAUGAGUGCGAAUUUGCAUUCUUAUGAAUCCGUCGACGGUAUCGACAGCUCCGAUCAUAAGCCCGUGAGGGCGCAUCUUUGCUUGAGAGUUACUGAUGAUAAAUAAGGCCGGCGCGCGCAUGCAGUACUCGCGUCCUAGACCAUCUAUGGUGUCAUGCUAGGGGAUCGGUGUACGGUCAUCAACACCCUCAUCACCUAAUCCUUAAGCAUGCAUGACAUCAUCCUAAAGGGCUUAGUGCAUACACCUCCACAUGCAGUCUGGCCAACAUCCUCACACCCUCUUCGCAUACCCCACCACCGAGACCCCAAGCAUGGCAUUAUCUAGGGGGUAAACAAUAACAUGAACAUUUCUCAUUAAGAAUCCUCAAGCAUUACAUAACGAGGAGCCCAAAAAAUUUCAAGCAUGAUAGGCCUCAGGUGUAUCAAGCAUGAUAUCUAUCCAAUGAGGCCAUCAAAGACUCUUAAGGUGUCAAACAUGCAUACACCCACAUGUCAAAGAUUAUAGAUUGCCUAGGUGUUAAACAUGCAAGACAAUAUCAAGGGGGUCAACAUGGAUUCACAAGCUCGAAACAUUAUUCAUUAAGGCAUUGAGCAUCAAGGUACUUGAAGCCAAUGUGGUCACCCCCAUCAUGAGAUGGUGGCCAUAGUAAAAAAUGACGACCCCCACCUCUCUCAUGUCAAGCAUAAAGACCCAUGAAUGAUGUUAGCAUAGAUGGGUCCAUUUCGAAUAUCCUACUAGCCAAUGUAGUCAAAAUCACGUUUUAAAACUUAAAAGCUUACGCUUUUACAUUUAUAUGUAACCAAAAUUCUUCUAUGUAGGAUUGCGGUUUUCACUUACAAUUGUAGUCAAAAUCCAUGCUUUAAAGUUUAAAAGCUUUUAUUUUUGCGCUUCUAGGUACCAAAAUUCUUCUACACAAAAUCGAAAUUUCGACUGCACUGCCGCAUGUGUCAAAAGGGGGUCCAGGUAUCAAGCAUGUAACCUAGCUACGUAACCAUCAUGGCCACAUCCCAUCAUGCCAGAAUGACCCCAAAAGAAGCAUGCCAAAUAGGGGAAUGGGAAACACCAUCAAUCAAGACACCUCUAUGAAAGGUGAAGAUACCUAUCAAAUGAAGCCAUCAACGUAUCAAGUGGUCUAUAUGGAAGCAGAGGAGGUUAGGUAAUCAAACAAGAUACAUAAAGCACCAAUGCAGUAGGAGGAGCGGUUAAAAAAGUUAUACACAUGAUAGCUAUAAACAGGGAAACAAAGAUAAAAUAAGAUCACACGUCUCACACACAUGCCAA